AUGGGCUGCUCUCAAGGGUGUACACGCUCCUGCAACAGCGGCGAAGAAAUCUUCGACUUGUUGACGCGGCUUGAGGGAGCUGAUUUGAACUACAGUGAGCUCCAAAAGAAGACCAAGUUGCUGGCCCUACUCCCCGAGUCGUGGUCCUCGCUCAUCAUUAACCUCAACCGUGAUUUGCCCCGUCUCUCGCUUGAAGACGUGAAGCGCGCGAUCCUUCAAGAGGACUUCCGCCGCCGUGAGUUGGCGAGUGCGGAUGGCGCUGGGGCAGCGAGCGUCGGCCGUGGAUAUGGCGAGGAAGAGGCAGAAGACGAGGGAGAGGAAUAUUUGGUGGCAGCAACUUCGGUGGAGGCCGCGGGAGUGGGCGUGGUUACGGCAGCGACGACAAGAGCUACGGGCGCGGUCGCAGCCAAUUCGAUGGCGAAUGUCACAAUUGCUUCAAACUCCCUGAAGGAUGGACCCCUGCUCAAGGCCAAGAGGGUGGAGGAGCAGGAGGAGGGAGAGGCAGAGGCCGUGGAGGCCGUGGCGGUCGCGGAGGUGGAGCCGCGAACAUGA